GAUGAACCAAGUAGUAAUGAAGAAUCUGAUUUUGUACUAGAUUAUAAGUUGUUUGUAAAAUUAUCUGAUGGAACUUCACUAUCUGCAAAGUGGUUUGAAGAAUCAGUAUCAUCUAUAGAUGAAUUUCUUUUGUCUAUUCAUGAUAAAGUUAUUUUAUUAACAAAUAAUACAAAAAUUAUGCCAAAUAAUUAUCGUGUAACUUUUAAAACACAAAGAGAAGCAGGUGUCAGAACUCAAUUAGCUGAUACACAAGAUUUUCUUAAGUUUAAGGCUGAAUAUAUAAAAUUAAGUGCAAGGAAAUAUUCAGAUGAAAAUGAAGAUGUUGAAAAACUAAGCAACCAUAAAAAAAAUCGAAUUCCUAAUGUUUUAUCUUUAUCUUCAUAUGACAAGACUAUUGCUGAAAAUGUAUUAGAAAUUCGAAAUGCAUAUCAUUAUGUAGAUGAAAAGGAAGAAACUGAUCAUUAUUAUCAAGACUUUUUAGAAAAUUUUGAAAGACAAAAAAUUCUAGUAAAGCAUUUACAAAGAUUAACAGAUAAAGAAUUUGAGCAAUGUAAAGUUGACACCAUUGGUGCUCGACAAACAUUACGUGAAUAUGCAGCAAAAUAUCAAACAUCGAAUUAA